UACUUCAUCGGCUUGCAAACUUUCAACGAGUGUGGAGUUUGCCUCCAAAUGAAAAUACAGGAAAAGAAGUGACUGCUCUGGCUUGGAGACCAGAUGGCAAAAUCUUGGCUUUUGGCCUUACUGAUACCAAGCGGAUUAUUCUGUGUGAUGUAGAAAAACCUGAAAGCUUGCACUCAUUCUCCGUGGACUCGUCUAUUACAUACAUGCAUUGGAUGGAAGUAACUGAGGAAAGCAGUGUUCUCACUUCGUUUUACAAUGCCGAGGAUGAAUCCAAUCUACUUUUGCCUAAAUUACCAGCACUACCAAAAAAUUACAGUACUACUGCAAAAAUUUUCAGUGAAGAAAAAUCAGAUGAGAUUAUGAAGCUUCUGGGUGAUGUAAGGCUUAAUGCUCUUGUCCUUGGUGGCAGCUCUGGGUUUAUUGAGAUCUAUGCUUAUGGAAUGUUCAAGAUUGCCACAGUAACCGGGGUGGCAGGUUCUUGUCGUGGACUGUGUUUGUCCAGUGAUUUGAAGUCACUGUCGGUUAUUACAGAGAUACGAGACUCUCCAGACAGCGAAGCAGAGAUAACAUAUUUUCAGCUGGACACUAGUCUACUAUCAAGUUACUUACCUGAAGUAACUCGAAUGGCCCGGAAGUUUACUCACAUCUCAACUCUGUUACAGUAUAUAAAGUUGUCAUUGACUUGCAUGUGUGAAGCGUGGGAAGAAAUCUUGAUGCAGAUGGACUCACGACUAACAAAAUUUGUACAGGAAAAGAAUACAACCACUUCUGUUCAGGAUGAGUUUAUGCAGCUGUUGUUAUGGGGCAAAGCAAGCCUGGAACUUCAGGCGUUACUAAUGAACCAGCUGACAGUAAAGGGUUUAAAAAAACUUGGUCAGUCCAUAGAGUCUUCUUAUUCUACUAUACAGAAGUUGGUCAUAAGUCAUUUGCAGAGUGGCUCUGAGGCACUGUUAUACCACUUGAGUGAAUUGAAAGGAAUGGCUUUAUGGAAACAAAAAUACGAGUCUUUGGGACUAGAUGCAUCUGGAAUUGAAGAGGCUAUUACUGCUGUUGGCUCUUUCAUCCUGAAAGCAAAUGAGCUGCUUCAAGUUAUCGACAGUAGUAUGAAAAACUUCAAAGCAUUUUUCCGAUGGCUGUAUGUUGGUAAGCUUGAUGACCCAGUUAAUAUCCAGUGCCUGUUUUGUAUUGGAAACAUUGAAAUGUUGGGAA